CAUGCAGCCAUUCAGCCAUUCAUAUAGUCACAUCUAGCUGAACACGUGAACCCCGUACAUGAUCCAGUAGCUCACGUGGGAAGAGCUAUCAGUCGCCAGAGCAGACCAAGCUGCCGACGACGGCAAACAUUUCGGAAGUCCGAUGUAAUUUUAUCAUGAACCGUGGGACUAUACAGCGCUUCAGCCCGCUAGACUCGGGAGCACCUUCUACCAUGUCUUCUAGAGCGGCAGAUGCGCUGGCAGAAGUGAAGCAGCUCUUGACACGAGCCAACUCUCAGUCCACUGCCGAAGCCCGCCGAAGAUUCUACGAGAAACUGAUAUCGAUUUGCGCCUACCCAUCUUAUGAAUGCAAGGCGUUCUUUGGGACCCUCGUGGCAAAGCAUUUUCGGGAAUUCGACGAUCUACAGGACAAGGCUAUUGAUGCGAUCCUGGAUUUGUGUGAGGAUGAAGAGGAGAAGGUCCGAAUCAUAGGCAUCAAAGGCCUCGGAGCGACCGCCAAGGCAGACUCGAGAUGGGUCCGAGGGAAUGCCGGAGUACUACUCCAGCUCCUAGAGUGUCCACCUCGGGAGCUCAGACUUAUUCACGAGCAAAUAUUCACUCUCCUCUCCAUCUCACCCAACGACGUCUUUGCAGUCGCGCUUGAUGAUAUUCGAGCUAAUGAGGAAACGGGCGCAUCGAGACAGAAUAUAAUCAACUUUCUAUCUCGGGAUGCCAAACCAAAACUGGACAGUCUACUUUCGGAAGGCGAUCAUCAAGAUGCAGAGGAGAUGCUACAAAAUGGAUUGGAAGACGUCUGUGCCACGGCCUCGGGGGAAGACAAAGAGGCCAUUUUGAAUCUCAUGGGAUCCCUGCCUAGGAUAUCUGGACCUCGCGCUUCGAGCUCAGCCGUGAGGAGAUUCGUCAAGUUCGUGACUCGGUCCGUCAAAGCUGGGUCAAGCGUAGACAAGACGGCGCCAAUCGUCAAGGUCUUUGCUGGCUUUGCCAAGCGUGCCCCAAGUGAUCUCGAUGCGGUGGAAGCUCUGGCCUUUCCAGCUGAUCAUGGGACCGCGAUGAUAUCGUUGAGUCUGGAGAAGAGGGAUGAGUCCGCGAUGACCAUACUGGAUAAGACGGUCAGGUGGAUCGCGUUGGCUGGAAAGUAUCUCGCUGGCAAAGACGGACAAGGAUUAGCAGCGGAUAUUGCAGAGGCAUAUCUGAGAGGGCUCAAGUAUUUUGCCCAGGAUCACCGCAGCUACUUUGAUCACGACGAGAGUUCCGCGAUCGAGAAGAUUUUGUACACGCUUUAUGAGCUUUUUCGUCUGAGAGACACACGUAAUAAGCUCAUACAAAAGGCCCAUGCCAACGCUCUAUUGGACUUAGCGGAUGACGCGAGGAGGAAGCAAAGGGAUAUAAGAGAUCCUGGGCAUAUUGUCCAGCUGGAAAGUGUAACGCAGCUGGCGAAACUCAUCGAAGAUGACCGUAGGUCUCUGCCUGUCACAUACACGCCGUCUUGGGUAGGCCUCCAUCGCGCUCAGCCUCCGUCAGACCCAACACUAUCGACUCAGCCUGACAAAACAUCAAGUGGUCGAAAUGAGUCUGCACUUUCGUCACAUGGAAGAGAUACGCCGAUCGAUGCUCCUGCAUCAGUCGUUCCAAUUGUCGGAUCUCAGUCAUCUCCAGCCCCGACAAAGCUCGAGCCCCCCAAAGUGGUGCCAAGAGCACGGGCAGAGCAAUUCGGCGCCUCAAAAUCGAACGUGCCAGAACUGCCGCAAGCUGUACCAUUGACGGCAGCUGCGCCGGCCGAGCAGCAACCCAAAACGACUACGGAUAUCAAGCCCGCCAGUAAAGGAAGUCAAAGAGGUCAGGAACUCUUAUCUCGUCCGUCAUCCCUCGCCCCUGCGUCCUCAGAAGUGCCUGCUGAAGCUCCGGCCGCUUCCGGGUCAUCAAACCCACUGGUGCCACUCAGCAACCCAUUACCCUUAUUCCAGAGGACAAAGGGCGCUGCAGCUUCCAGAGACCGUUUCGAGAUCGCCUCUGGGGCAUCAUACCAUGGCACGGAGCUUUUACCUGGACUCGUUUCAUCUUCCGGAGUAGCCGAGCAAUCUCCCGCUGCGUCUCAGAGCCUUGAACCUCACGGCGUCGGUUUGGCCGCUCCAACACGUUCAUUGGCCGAUCGACUCAGUCUCCCACCGGCUAAAAGGGAGAGAGAGGAUGGCGCUGCUGCCUCUACACCAACCCACCGAUCACUCUUGGACCGAAUGAGUAGCUCGGCGUCAACAAAAUCACCGAUCGACGAAUCACGCGCGCCGAAGCGUGCGAAAGCGAACACAGAAUCUCCUGUACCAUCGGCCAGUACCUCACGUUCACUGCUGAGCCGCAUGUCGCAAAACGACAUGACUCCGACAUCAAGUGUCUCAUCAACUCUUCCGGCAAAACCAUCAUUAAGCAUUCGUCGUGAUCCUGAGACGAAAGUCACUCUAGGUCUUUGCCAACCCCUGGCGCAACGGAAUCAACCGAGUCGAAAUCGCCGACGGACCCACAGCUGCCUGUGCAAACCCAGUCUUCAGGCUUGAGCAUCCGUAAUCGCGCUCAAGUGCAGCCGACGCAAUCCACACCUUUGCAUGAUGCUUCCGCAGCGCCCGCACCCCCGACAUUUAGUAUCCGGUCAGCAUCCCACGGUGACAGCAACGGUACAGAUUCAACGGGCCGGAUCAGAUACAAAGGUCGGGGGUUCCAACCGAAAGAGGAUGAUGGGGAUAUCCUCAUGGCUCCGGUCGAGGUUCA